AUGGACUUUGAAGACCCAGCCCUCCUUCUGCCCACUGCCACCCUGGCAGCCCUGGCAGAUGCCUGGCUCCGAGAAGACUGCCCAGGUUUCAACCACAUGGCCUUGGUCACCGGGGCCGCCCCCUCACAGGCGGCGUUAUGGGCCAAGUCCCCUGGGGUCCUGGCUGGGCGGCCGUUCUUCGAUGCCAUCUUUUCCCAGCUCAACUGCCAGGUUUCCUGGUCCUACCCAGAGGGAUCAAAGCUGGUGCCUGUAGUCAAGGUGGCCGAGGUCCGGGGCGCUGCCCACUGCCUGCUGCUGGGGGAACGGGUGGCCCUGAACACGCUGGCCCGCUGCAGUGGGGUGGCCAGUGCUGCUGCUGCUGCUGUGGAGGUCGCCAAGGGGACGGGCUGGACGGGCCAGGUGGCAGGGACCAGGAAGACCACGCCAGGCUUCCGGCUGGUGGAGAAGUACGGGCUCCUCGUGGGCGGGGCUUCCUCCCACCGCUACGACCUGGGAGCGCUGUUGAUGGUGAAAGACAACCACAUUGUCGCAGCCGGUGGUGUGGAAAAGGCUGUCCACGGGGCCCGGCGGGCGGCCGACUUCACUCUGAAGGUGGAGGUCGAGUGCAGCAGCCUGCAGGAGGCUGUGGAGGCGGCUCGCGCAGGAGCCCAUCUUGUCCUGUUGGAUAACUUCAGGCCUGAGGAGCUGCACCCCAUAGCCGCCGCGCUGAAGGCCCAGUUCCCAAGCGUGGGUGUGGAAGCCAGCGGGGGCAUCACACUGGACAACCUCCCUGAGUUCUGUGGGCCCCACAUCGAUGUCAUCUCUUUGGGGAUGCUGACCCAGGCCGCCUGGGCCCUCGAUUUCUCCCUCAAGCUGUUUGCUGAAGGGGUCACCCCAGUGCCCCAUGCUCGUCGGUCCUAA